ACGAUGCCUGUCCCUCGCCUCUGCGCGCUGGCCGCCGCCCUCCUCCUUGGACUGCUGCUGCUGGGCCUCCCUCCGGCUACAGGCGCGGGGGAGAGGGCGGGCGUGUGCCCGCAGCUGCCGGCGGACGUGAACUGCACCAAGGAGUGCCUCUCGGACAGCGACUGCGCCGACUACCGCAAGUGCUGCCAGGCCGGCUGCGGCAGCGUGUGCUCCAUUCCCAACGAGAAGCCAGGUUCCUGCCCCAAUGUGGACUUACCCCAGCUUGGCAUCUGCCAGGACCAGUGCCAGGAGGACAGCCAGUGUACUGGCCCCAUGAAAUGCUGCCGCAAUGGCUGCGGAAAGGUGUCCUGUGUCACACCUGACCCCUGAGCUCCAGCCACCACCAGCCUGAGGAGUGGGGAGGGGAAGCUUCUGCCUAGACACACAUCCGGCCCCCUCAUGGCCACCCUCCCUUCUUGGUAGCCUCUGCACUCCUUCCUGGGCUGACCAUGGCUUCUCCCUUCUCCCGCCAAUAAAGUGACUGCUUUCAGCA